AUGUUCAGGGAACAGCUUGCCCAAAGUCCUAUAAGUCAUUUCACUCGCGCCUCCAUCAAUCCAUCUCGAUCUUGGAACUGCAAAAACCGGCACGAGGCAUCAUCUGAUGCGCAUCAGCCGAGACAACCGACAAUCAACUCGACUUACACCAACUCGACUUACACCAACUUGCCAACCGAACCUAUCGAGAAACACUUCGACACCACCGCCACGAUGUGCUAUCAGGUAUACAUCUUCAAAUGCCACCACCUGAAGCGAGAGCGGGUCCCAUGCCGCCUCGCGAAGCCCCGCAAGGGUGGUCCUCUAAUCGAGGCCCUCUUCCCUACUAAGGGAUGUAACGGCAUGAAGGCGGGGAUGCAGCGCCUGGAUGAGGCAUGCACAGCCUGUAUGUCUAAGCCGAUCAACGAGUGGCCCCUACAGAACAAAAACUAUCAGCCCCAGACAGCAUUUCAGCCAGGGCGUCAGCCAACAGCCACAACUAACAACAACAACUUUCAGAAUGAAAUCUCUGAGAUCAGAGAGAUGCUAGGACAAAGCCGCCAUGAGGAGCAUCGUGUGUCGACUCAGAACAUCUACGAAGGCAGACGUCUUAAGAAACAACAGCAGACCCAGGGAGAGAACUUGGUUUGGUGGAAGGCCCCCCCAGAACCUCAGGGCCCAGGCCAAGGUGUGUACAACGACAUUCGGUAUCCUGUGACUGAAGCACGCAUGAGGGGCAACGUCAUGGCGAGCGGCGCCAACCCAGACGCAGGUAGGAUCAGGCGAGUUCCCACCACCCCUCCCCAUCACGGACAUCAAUUUGGUAACCUCAUAUCGCCGGCUGAGGCGAGCGAGGCUCAGCACGCCAGCAAGGGGAUUCCAGGAACCCCCUGGGCUCAACACGGCAUCGGGCCAGUCGAUGGGCAAGUGAAAACAAAGGAGGCUUCCUUGAAGCGCAAAUCGAGAGUCAGCAAGGUGGGAAAGAAACUAUUGGGGUGGAUCGGGAUUCGCCGCAAGGAUUCGCAUGAGUCUUUUGUCUGCGCGAGAGCACGAAUGGAGGAGCGAGACAUGUAA